CAGUGCUGGAAUUUGUAAAUCAAAAUCAAUCGAAGACUUCUACCUCGGCCUCAAGCUUCAAGAGCCUUAAGGCCGAGAUCAAUAUCUUCAUCAUUAUCAUGCCGGUUUUGGCCACACAAGCGGUGAACAGCAGUGUAUAUCUAGCACGAACACUAGAUCGUUACAAUUCCCAACACCCCGCUUACUCACACACUCAAAUAUGUCCCUGCUCGUCAAUUCUAAUAGGUUUUCUGUUUAUUGGAUGAUUGCUGCUGGCGUCGUAGUCGUGUACGACUGGGUGUUAACACUUGGACAAGAGAUUGAGCUCAUCUGGGGGCAGCGCUGGUCUUUCAUGACUGUGUUAUACCUGCUUAUACGCUAUGUUGGACUACCAUAUUCUGUUAUCGGUGUUCUGAUAGCUAUGCCAUCGGUCUCGCUGACAGAUACAGUAGGCAUUAUUGCAGACUUUGCACUAUGUCUGACAAGUGUGGUCGUACUUCUCAUGCUGGGCAUCAUCAUGAUUGCUCGGUUACAUGCCAUGUAUCAUCAGAGAUCUAGAAUCAUGCUCAUCUCCCUUGUUAUUUUUUUCCUCGCUGUUAAUAUCGCUUGUGUAGGACUGACGGUAACGAUAUGCAUUUUUAUUGUACCGAGCAUUGAGGAGGGGAACUUUGGUUCUAGUACUAAUGCAUAUGCAUGCAAUUAUGGAUUCGAGGGGGAUGCUGAGCUUCUGUCUGCAGUGUAUUGGAUGCCCUACACUAUUUGGGAGUUCGUUGCACUGUAUCUGUCAGUCCGGAUUGCUGUGAAACAUUUCCGUGACCUGCGACGACUCGGCCCAUUGACAGGAUCAACCAUCGGCGGGGACUGUUUCAGAGUGCUGAUGAAAUCUCACGUGCUUUAUUUUGCAAGCUUUUUUGGUGCCUCUUGCCUCCAAUUUGUUCCUCUCCCUGGCGGGUUUUUUAGUCCCUAUUUGGAGCCCGAGGGUUCAUAUUCUGUGGGAGACCUGAUAAUCUAUGGUGCUCUUCAAAUUUUCUUCGUCGUACAGAUGUUUGUGCUGGGACCACGCCUCAUCCUUAGCAUUCGAGAAUACCACGCCAAACUCGUAGCUGGAUCUGACGCAGAAAUCAGCAUGAACUCGAUUGUCUUCCAGGAGCGUGUACAUGUAGAAACUAGCAGUAUUGUGUAGGGAAAUUCUUGCGGAGUGUUCUGCAUGGAGGAGACAUUUGGUCGAGGAUCCGUCGUCGUAUUUAUUAUAGUUCUUGUGUCUCGAUGUAUAUUGAAGGCCAGGUUUAUGUACCCAUUUCUUGUUGUAUAAACUGUAGGAUCCUCCGCUGAUACAUCAAUAAUACAUCACCACUAUACUUGCUAGGUAUCCUCGGUAGUACAAUGAUUCAUGUAUUACCCUUACACUGACAUUGCUAGUUAUUCAAUG